GAACGCACACAGUAGCAAGCUUGAACCACACACAGCAGCUAGCACACACAGAGUAGCAACUUGCAAGCUAGCCAUGGCGAACGCAAUGCUGCUCCCUGUGCUCCUCUCCUUCCUCAUCCUGCCCUUCUCCGCCAUGGCCCUCACCCAGGACUUCUGCGUCGCCGACCUGUCCUGCAGCGACACGCCGGCAGGGUACCCGUGCAAGGCCAGCGUCACCGCCGGGGACUUCUACUACCACGGCCUCGCCGCUGCCGGCAACACCACCAACCUCAUCAAGGCCGCCGUGACGCCGGCCUUCGUCGGUCAGUUCCCGGGCGUCAACGGCCUCGGCAUCUCCGCGGCCAGGCUCGACAUCGCCGUCGGUGGCGUCGUGCCGCUCCACACCCACCCGGCCGCCUCCGAGCUGCUCUUCGUCACCGAGGGCACCAUCCUGGCAGGCUUCAUCAGCUCCGGGGCCAACACCCCCUACACCAAGACGCUCUACGCCGGCGACAUCAUGGUCUUCCCCCAGGGCCUGCUCCACUACCAGUACAACGGCGGCAGCACCCCGGCGGUCGCGCUCGUCGCCUUCGGCGGUCCUAACCCCGGCCUCCAGAUCACCGACUUCGCGCUCUUCGCCAACAACCUGCCCUCACCCGUGGUCGAGAAGGUCACCUUCUUGGACGACGCCACCGUGAAGAAGCUCAAGUCCGUGCUCGGCGGCAGCGGCUAAUCAAACACUAGCAGCUGCUCAGAAAGAAAGCAAGGUCGCCCCUGAUGUCAGCGUGUCGGAUUAGUUUGCAUGCAUGCGUAUGUGCGUGUGCCUGUCAUGUGAACUCUCCUUUCCAUGUUGCGUAUAAUUGGUCAUGUCCAUUUCGUUUAAAUUCGUUCAUGUAAUUCCUUAAGGUUCCAUUGUAAUUUGCUGUAACGGCACACAAUUAAUCACUCGUUGAGUUUCAUUAA